GUGAGGCAUUACUUCAGACUGUGACUGCGAGGAGAACAGCAGCGAGCAUGAAAACUUCAUCUGACAGGAACCGGAAGUCCCUGAAGAAGUCCAGGAGCACAGGCUGGACACGCAAACAGAGCACCAAGGCAUAUUCUGCUUACAUCUACAAGAUUGAGAAGGAGCUGUCUGUUGACGUGGUUGACGACGCCUCUUUGAUGCGGCACCUGUCCGGUGCGCACGCGCAGGUGUGCGCCGAGGCCGCGCGACUCUCCAAGUUCAACCGGCGGCGCGUCAUCACGCAGCGAGAGCUCCACGCCGCCGCCGUGCGCGCGCUCCGGGACCGAAGCUCCUGACAGCUGGAGAUUUAAAUGCUGCGCUUUUAGACGUGUAAACAAUUAAUAAAGAGCUUUCGUUUUUAAAAA